AGAACUCAGAUCCACACUGAAGCCAUGGAGCCCUUGAUGACACAUGAGAACAUGAGCAGUUUUGUCACCCGCAAUUACAGUGUUCCUGUUAAGUCCAGGAACUAUGCCCACAGUGUGAGUGGAGGUGCAGGGGGCCAUGGGACCAGAGUCUCGGUGUCCCACAGCACACGCUUUGGCAGUGGCCUUGGCGGCGGCCUCGGCAGCAGCCUCAGCGGUAGUAGUUUUGACUACCAGACAUCAGGGGCCACCUCUGGAUCCUUGGCCAUUGGAAAUGAGAAGCUAGCUAUGCAACACCUGAACGACCGCCUGGCUAGCUACCUGGAGACGGUGAGGAGCCUGGAGAAGGCCAACAGCAAACUGGAUAUUAAAAUCAGAGAGGCCAUUGAGAAGAGGGGCCCAUUGGAGGGCAGAGAUUACAGCAAGUAUGAAGUCGUCAUCGCAGACCUGAGGGCUAAAAUUUUAGACAUGAUCAUGGGCAAUGCAAAGCUCUGGAUCUCUCUGGACAAUGCACGCCUGGCUUCAGAUGACUUCAGACUCAAGAUGGAGUAUGAGCUGUCCAUGCGUCAGACAGUAGAGGCGGACGUCGCAAAACUGAGGAAGAUUUUGGAUGACACCAAUGUUAUCCGUAUGCACCUGGAGAGUGACAUCGAAUCUCUGAAGGAGGAGCUGAUCACCCUGAAGAAGAACCAUGAGAUCGAUGUUGAGGAAUUACGUGCCCAGAUCUCUCAGGUUGGCGUCCGAGUGGAUGUUGAUGCUCCUAAAGGACAGGACCUGGCCAGGAUCAUGGAGGAGAUGAGGGCUAAGUAUGAGAAGAUAGCACUGAAGAACCAGGAGGAUCUGAAGGCAUGGCACGAAUCACAGAUCACAGAGGUACAGGUACAAGUGAAUGAGAACACAGCAGCUCUGAAGGAAGCAACAACUGUGGUGACGGAAACCAGGAGGAGAUAUCAGGCACUGGACAUUGACCUGCAGUCUGCACUCAGUCUAAAAGCAUCACUUGAGGCCGCUCUACGUGACAUUGAAAUGAGGUACAACAUAGAGCUGGAGAAGUACAACUCAGUCAUCCUGAGGUUGCAGGAAGAACUCACUCAGAUCCGCACUGACAUCCAGCAGAACAGCAGAGAGUACGAACACCUGCUCAACAUCAAGGUGAAACUGGAGGCUGAGAUCGCUGAGUACAGGAGGCUGCUCGACGGUGGGGACUUAAGACUUGAGGAUGCAGUGGACCAGAAGGUGGUGGAGACCAAAGUGGUGACAGUCACUCAGACCCUGGUGGACGGCAAAGUGGUAUCUGAGAGCAAGGACGUCAAAUCCAGUGAACAAGUUAAAAACUGAAACAAAGCUGAAAACCUCGAAAUGAGCAAUAAAAUGUAAAACAUGU